CGCAGCAGGUUCGAGUCACAUCGACUAAACAAACCGCCGAGGGUUUCCUGGAGUUGCAUCAGGGUCCUCUGUGAGAUGAAGAGCGUCUCGCUUCCCCUGUUGUCUUCAUUAUAGACCGAGGAACAGGUGUGUGUCAUGAAGAAGACCUGACAUGUGCUCAGUGGAGAGAGGCAUCAUGGGAUAUCACUACAGCCUGCUUCACUGAUAGAAAUGCAACUUUUGAUAUUCUGGAAAUGAAUAGUGAAUUUAGUCAAAGGAAAUGUGUUGUGCUUAAUGGAUUAAGUGUUUUCUCUGAAAGCAAACAAAAGCAAUCCAGCUAGCUAAGGUGAUCUUGUUAUUCCAGGUGUUUCUCUCAGGUCCGGUGUUUUUAGGUUUAUCUUCUGUCGUUGUCUUCCUCCUGUCAGUCUGUUAAUGGUCAAACCGAGGGGACGGAGGGAUGUCAGAAAGCGCUAGUUAUCAGCGAAGCCGUGCCACCUGUCCGCAGUAUCCCGUUCCCUUCCCAAUCUCUUUAAGAGAUACUGAUUGAGUAAAUAAUUCAUAUCCAUUUCAGUUCUAGCUAAACGCUUUGAGGUUCAUAGCUCACGAGCGUGUGGGCGGAUGCUGCUCGGGAAAAGAAAAAUAGUUAAGAUUAAUCAAGUCUCUCUCUUUUUAUUUGCUUUAUUUUAGUGUUUUUUUUUUUAUCUUAACCACCCCUGGCAUUGCUAAAUAUACAUCAGCAACUGUAAUCACUUCAGAAGUCUUUGUUUUAAUGAUCGUUUCUGCGUUCUGAAUAUUUUCGCUUCAAGCUCAAUUGGCGCAGUAGAUACACUCUUAAAAAUAAAGGUUUCUGAAAGAGGGGUUUGCAAUAAAGAACCAUUUUUGGUUGCCCUUUUAGAUGAACCGUUUUUAAAACGACCACUUUCAUAAUCUUUAAUAAUCUCAAGAACCUUCUUCCACUUUUUGGUCAAUGCAUUGUUGCAUGGCCCUCUGUUGUAACCUUUGUGCAUGCAUGAGACUCAAACUCAGAUCCUGCCUGAUAUAUAUCUAUGUAUGGCAUCCCAAAAGCAGGUUUGACCCCUCGCUCCGUGGGCCGUGGGGGUAGAGACCGCUAGUGUCGCCCUCCUCUUGGGCCUUUGUUACCCUUCAGCUUUUGAGUGUGCAGAGCUGUGUGUUUAAGUGUCCCACAGGGAGAUGAAGGUGAAGCUGGGGGGUGGAGGAGGGAGCAGACAGGUGCAUGAUUAUACACAGACGGGGAGCAGGUGGGGUCACUUCAGACAGAGCCCUGCUUCAACAUCCACACUUUUACACUGGACAUCAAGUGCCAGAAUGAUUCAUCAACAAACAAAAGUAGAUAUAAGUUAGGGUUAGGAUGAGGGAAACAUCUGUGUCUGCAUCUGUCAAGCGUACGAGUAACAGAUGCAUGUGCGCUGAAAUAAUGUAGAGUUUGACUGGGCAGAAUUCAAAGCUGUAACUGAAAUACUUUUAUAGAUGUGCUUCGUUAGUUUAUUUCACUAUGUGCACAAAUGGAUAUUGCAAUUUAUCCUUUUGCAUUUACCAUAUUUCUGUGAAUCUGAUGCUGUGUAGAUCACUUAAUGCCACCAGGAAGUAAAAAACAAGUAACUGAAAACUAGAAACUAGUCUUUUUAACCUUAAACUGCAUAAACAUAUUACACCAAAUACAUAAAAUAAUGUUAUUUUUAGCAACGUCAUAUAACCCCAUAUGGUAAUCCAAACUGGCAUCAAAUGUGAGAAGUGCUAUCUCUGAAUAGUUUAAGCGUGUUCUAGUUGGCGUGUGCAUUGGAAAUGGCCGUGAUUAUGUGUGAGUCAGGAAUGCUGGGUAAUCAGACGUUUAGGGCUGGGGGGGAGGUGAAGUGAACACAACAGCACCUGCACCCUUCAGGUAAAUGAGGAGCAGAGGAAGAGGAGGAGGAGGAGGGAGUCUCUGGGGAGAGAAGCUCGGCUGUAGGGUAAUUAACCUGCAGAGACCUGAUCAUGGAAACUUUUACAGCUGAGAAGCCUUGGGCUGCGUGUACGGUUGAGCGCCGCUGCUCAAACACGGCUUGUUUACCUGCCGCAUUAAUGCUCGCAUGCACGGGAGCAAGAACAACCAAUGCAAUUAUACAUAGUUUCUUACAUUAAUGAUUUCAGCAAUACUGCAUUCAAGAGGAACGUCAGCUGUUGCUUUUGAAAUCUCAUCGGCUUAAAGCGCGCCAUGCAGACCCCCGAGGCCGGCGCUGACUCCACGUCCAGCGUGCCGCUCCAGACCAGCGUGCCUGUGCCGUCUGCGGUCAGUGUCCAGCAGGUGGCGUCUCAGGUCCAGCAACAGGCGCAGACUGUUCAACAGGUCCAGCAUGUGUAUCAAACACAGGUGCAGUACGUUCAGGAGGAAAACAACUCCGGUUACACCAACGGGACCAUACGGACGUAUUCAUACUCAGAACCGCAGCUGUACAACCAGAACAGCGGCGGGAACUACUUCGACACGCAGGGCAGCUCGGCUCAGGUGAGCUCUCACAGUUUGACCAACAACGGGAACGGUGCUCUGGCCAUGGGGCUGUCAGGAGGACAGAUCAUCAGCAGCUCAGGAGCGUAUCUGAUUGGAGGAAACUCCAUGGAUGGCUCCGCCCCUCACAGCACUGCUCAGACCACUAGAGCCUCCCCCGCCACGAUUGAAAUGGCGAUUGAGACGCUCCAAAAGUCUGAAGGUUUGUCCAGUCAGAGAAGUUCGCUGCUCAACAGUCAUCUGCAAUGGCUCCUGGAUAAUUACGAGACGGCGGAGGGCGUGAGUCUGCCGCGCUCCACGCUCUACAGUCACUACCUGCGCCACUGUCAGGAGCAGAAGCUGGAUCCCGUCAACGCUGCGUCCUUCGGGAAGCUCAUCCGCUCCAUCUUCAUGGGGCUGCGCACACGCCGCUUGGGCACCCGAGGGAACUCUAAGUAUCACUAUUACGGGAUCCGUGUGAAGCCGGACUCUCCUCUGAACCGGUUGCAGGAGGACAUGCAGUACAUGGCAUUGAGACAGCAGCCCGUCCAGCAGAAGCAGAGAUUCAAGCCAGUACCGAAGAUUGACGGUGUUUCGGGGGAGAGCUUCUCCAGCGGGGGGCACACACCCAGCGCUGCAGAGCAGACCUUCAUCGCUCAAAGCCAGCAUCAUCAGCAGUUCCUCGACGGGUCCAUAGCUCUGCCAGAGUUCACUGAACUUGACCUCGGAGAGCCUGUGGAAGGCGUCGGACCAGAGGACGUCAAAGCCCUUCAGACGCUGUACAGAGAGCACUGCGAGGCCAUUUUGGACGUAGUGGUGAACCUUCAGUUCAAUCUAAUCGAGAACUUGUGGCAGACUUUCUGGCGCUAUUCUCCAUCCAGCUCUGUAGAGGGCGUCACCAUCACUGAAAACAGUGGUCUGAGUGAAAUCGAGGGCCGCCUGCCGCGGACAGGACUGAUUCUGCUCUGUGGAAACGAGGCAGUGCUAAAGUGGAUGAACACCUGUGAUCAUCUGAUGUACCAGGCCCUCGUGGAGAUCCUCAUCCCUGAUGUUCUGAGACCCAUUCCUAGUGCCUUGACUCAAGCCAUCCGUAAUUUUGCCAAAAGCCUUGAGGGCUGGCUCACCAACGCCAUGAGCAGCAUCCCUCAGAGGAUGAUCCAGACCAAGGUUUCUGCUGUUAGUGCCUUCGCUCAGACGCUGCGCAGAUACACGUCUCUGAAUCAUCUGGCGCAGGCGGCCCGUGCAGUGCUGCAGAACACCUCCCAGAUCAACCAGAUGCUCAGCGACCUCAACCGGGUCGACUUUGCCAAUGUUCAGGAGCAGGCCUCGUGGGUGUGUCAGUGUGAAGAGGGCGUAGUUCAACGCCUCGAGCAGGACUUCAAGGCCACCCUCCAGCAGCAGAGCUCUUUGGAACAGUGGGCAGCUUGGCUGGACAACGUGGUCACUCAAAUACUCAAGCCGUACGAGGAUAAACCAUCCCUCCCCAAAGCUGCACGCCAGUUCCUGCUCAAGUGGUCCUUCUACAGCUCUAUGGUCAUCAGAGACCUGACCCUCCGCAGCGCGGCGAGUUUCGGCUCGUUCCACUUGAUCCGGCUGCUGUACGACGAGUACAUGUUCUAUCUGGUGGAGCACCGCGUCGCACAGGCCACAGGAGAGACGCCCAUCAGAGUUAUGGGAGAGUUUCAGGACCUGAAUAACAUGUCACCUGCCAACAUCGACAAAGACGAGGUGAGUGAGAUGGACAGUGAUCUGGACGAGGAGAUGGAGGAGAUGGAGGAGUGUGACGAGCCUCUGGCCAAGCGGGAGAAAGCGGAGCCCGAGGUCAUGCAGGUGGAGGACGGCAGCGGCGCGGUGCUGAGCGUGGUUCAGUCCAGCAUGCUCAGCGCUUCACCCUCGAGCGAACACAUCCUCAGCUCGAGCGGAACCAGCACCAUCCGCCACUGCAGCAGUCUGGGAAACACAUACGCCUCGGUCUGAGAGCCUUUCAGUGCAUCUGUCUCCAACACAUCUGUCCUCAUCCUCAGCAGAAACACAGACUCUCGCUGAGAUCCUCAAGCUCUAGCAAACCAACUCCAGCAUGUGACGAGAUGCUGACCGUACAGUUUAAACCCCAUGUUCCCAGGUGAAGAAAAAUAAUGCACUCUGAUUUUGUGCUUAAUAAACUGAAAAUGAUUCU